AUGGAACACUUUUCCUGUGAGUUGCGUGAAACAGAGUGGAGCACAUUUUGUGAAAGAUUGUGGAAUGCAGUGGAAGAAUACAUGCAAAGUGAAAUCGUAGCUGCUGAGGCCGUCGAACUGGAGGCGCCUCUCUGGCGGACAUGCUUCUUGCCCAUUGUUGUCUUGUUCGAUGCGUGGUCCAAAACCACCGGACUGCCCACUGUGUUUUAUUUGGAUGCUUUUUAUUCGCUGAUUAGCAGCUUACUGAACAAAAAUAUCACUUUCAACGCGGCGAACUUUGCGUGUCGGGCUCGGUAUUGGGCUGUGGGAACGGCUGCUCCUGGUUCGGGAAAAAGCCCAGCCUUAGACCCUUUAAAGAAUGCCCUUGUGGAGGUCAUGAAGGAGAUGCCAGAUUUGUCCCCAGGAGAAGCGACGGACCACUUUCACAUGCAGCCAGUAGGAACACACUGUGCAGCGAUUGAUCGCCUGCAGUCCACUGGUGGAUAUGAAUUCUUUGGAGCUUCCGAGGGCGGACCCGUACUAUGCCCCUCGUGGCCAACCCAAUCAAAAUGGGAACAGGGAGGCUACGUGAACUGGCAGCGGUAUUUGGAUGCUGCCACAGGUGGUCCUGUCCCAUGGGAAACAGCAGUGGACCGGCAAAAACGGCGAGUCAACCGGGACGGCAGUGCUUCGGCAGCGUGCGACGAGCGCACCAAUGUGGCUGUCUUCAUCACGCAACAAGAAUCUGUGUUUCGGAAAUGGUGGGCUGCAGCAGAGGAAAAGUGCAGCAUAGGUAUUCAUGUCCUCAGCAGGGUUGCAUAUUCCAUCUGCGAUGCAUCUCGAUCGCGCACAAGUGCGGGCUGCAGUGAGGCGGAAGAUGAAGAGGAGGCGCUGGAGCAUGGCGAGAAGAGCGAGGGGAUGAGUGCAUCAGAGCAUGGCACUUGGGAAGAGUUAACCACGGGAGUGUUGCCCCAUGCCAUUACUUCAUAUGCGGAUCUACGCGAGUGUGUUGAAACUGUUCUGGGGAGGUGUAAGGAUCCAGGAGUUCAUGUCUUCCAUCAGAAAGCGGCAAAGGAAGGAUUUGCGCUGCUCAGUCAUUGCCAGAAGACAGUCUGCCAAGGGUGUACGUUCCAAGUUAAAGCACGAGCAACCAGCACGCUCUCCGGAUCGAAGCUAGAAGUCUGCAAAAAAGGAAAACACGGAAAGCUUACUGCUCCAGAGGGUGGUUCCUUGUGGAAUGCGGCAGAAGCCUUUGCUAUCAAAGAGGCGCACAAAGAUUCAGAGAUGACAGCGCGGACUGUGCAGCUUGCGCUGAAGCAGGCCGAAUUAGACUUUCGAUGCACCAAGGUCCAACUUUACAACUACGUGAGCCGCUGCCGGCAGAAAACCGGAAUUCCGCAAAAAGCCGUCUCCAAAGUGCUAAUAGCAGAUUUAGAAAAGGCUGCAGCGGAUUUCAUGGUGCGUGAUAUAAGCCAGAUCUUGUUGGUGGCUGAUGUGGCGCAGCUUGUGGUUCUACCUUCGUCAGUUGCAGACGAUUUUGCGACAUUGGAUGAGAUCAUCCAAAUCAGCCGCAUCCUACCCACGGCGCAAAUCUUCGACCUGGUUUGGCAUUUUACCUUUGCCUGGCUCGAGACCCGGUCGAAGAAAGCAGUCCAAUACUUGCAAGAUACGUAUUUCCGCUUGUUGACACCACAGAGCCUGGAGAAACAAUUUCGCUGCAAUCGUGGAAGCUGGAACCCGGAAGCUUUGUGGUUUGCCGGCUUUUGGUCGGGAAUCAUUGGCACGUAUCCUGGAACUGCGUCAGGAUCACAGACGAUCGAGAGUUUUCACGCUCGCUGGCAAGCACAGGUGCAGGGGAGCGUUCGUGCUUCCCCGCAAGACAUAUUUAAGAACAUGCAGAAAUUGUUUUCUUCCACGUGGAAGGAUCAGUUUGAGUGGGAGGAAAGCAAAAUAUUCCGGACAUGGCCAGAGACUACGGCAAGCGCAUUGCUGAAUGGCCAAACAUUACGCAGCACAGGACGGUCGCCUGCAGUCGACUUUUGGAAUGCGCGGGAAUUGCGCAUGGACAAGACACGCAACUACUGCCACGUCGUGCUGCGCACAGACAACGCAGACAAUCCGGGCAUUGAUGGUCUGACAAAUUUCUGGGUUAUGGGAGCGCAAAAGCAAGAUGGCAUGCUGCCAGCGCAGGUGGCAAUUCGGGAAGCUUUUGCCCAACGUUUAUGUUCCAUGAUAGCUGCAGAGGGGGACGCUCUCAUUACCGCCGUGAAAGCUGCAGGCAUUCUGGAAGAAAACAAAAUUAAUCUGACUGCCCUUCGCAAAUGCUUCAAGACACAUGCGGUCGUGCUGCAAG